UGACAAAGUCAUCGUCAUCAUCAUUAUCCAGUCACGUGCAACUGGUCGAGCCGUCGGCGAUACGUACGUCACAAGUCAAGGACAACGGUCAAGCGAAACAGUGAAGUGAGAAGCUCCGGCACAGCUCCGGUGCGACUACCAUUCAACAAGUGUGCAGACUGCGGACGCCUCUCAGCCAAAAGCAAUCAGGAUGGGGGGUACGCCAGUAUUCGAAAAUGGAGAAGGUACCGAAGUAGUUGUCGAGCCCUUGUUUAGCACCUUCGACAUCGUGCUCCUGGGAGCCCUUCUACUGGCGGCCGUUUGGUGGUACAUGCGAUCGAAUAGGCAGGAUGCCGAGGAAACGUUGACAACGAAGUCAUACUCGAUACAACCGACGUCCUUCGCUACCGCGGCACCAGCCGAAAAUUCAUUCAUCAAAAAGCUGCAAAGUUCGGGCCGUAGUCUUGUCGUAUUCUACGGAAGUCAGACCGGAACCGGAGAAGAAUUUGCGGGUCGUAUCGCCAAAGAGGGGAUACGCUACCAGCUAAAAGGGAUGGUCGCCGAUCCGGAGGAAUGCGAAAUGCAAGAGUUGGUCAACCUUAAGAAUAUCCCCAACAGUCUUGCGGUAUUCUGCAUGGCAACUUACGGAGAGGGUGAUCCAACCGAUAACGCUAUGGAGUUCGUCGAUUGGCUGAAAAGUGGCGACGGUGACCUCACCGGUCUCAAUUACGCUGUGUUUGGCCUUGGAAACAAGACUUAUGAGCAUUACAACGAGGUUGCUAUAUACAUUGAUCACAGACUGGAGCAGCUUGGAGCUACUCGGGUCUUUGAACUGGGUCUGGGAGACGACGAUGCUAAUAUUGAAGACGACUUCAUAACAUGGAAGGACAAGUUCUGGCCAGCCGUUUGCCAACACUUUGGCAUCGUCGCCACAGGCGAAGAUAUUAGUAUUCGUCAAUACAAGCUAACUGAACACAUAGAGUUGAAACCUGAGCGUAUUUACACCGGUGAAAUCGCCCGUCUCCACUCAUUCCAAAACCAAAGACCGCCAUUUGACGCAAAGAACCCAUUCUUGGCACCAGUUAAAGUAAAUAGAGAAUUACAUGGACCGAAAUCAGAACGUUCUUGCAUGCACAUAGAAUUUGACAUCGAAGGAUCCAAAAUGCGCUAUGAGGCUGGAGACCAUUUGGCCGUUUAUCCGGUAAAUGAUGCAAAUUUGGUUGAAAAGAUCGGCGAGAAAUGCGGUGUCGAUUUGGACACUAUCAUAACUCUGACAAAUACGGACGAGGAGUCAAGCAAGAAGCAUCCCUUCCCUUGCCCGUGUACAUAUCGCACUGCUCUUACUCAUUAUUUGGACAUAACAAGUAAUCCUAGAACUCACGUAAUCAAAGAACUGGCUGAUUAUGCUAGUGACCCGGUUGACAAAGAGAAACUGAAGCUGAUGGCGUCUACUAGUGCAGAAGGAAAAGCACUCUUCAAUCAAUGGGUCACUCAAGCCAAUAGAAAUAUUGUUCAUAUAUUGGAAGAUAUUCCAAGCCUGAAACCAGCACUAGAUCAUCUUUGCGAGUUGCUGCCUCGACUCCAGUGUCGUUACUAUUCUAUUUCUUCUUCACCCAAGUUCCAUCCGACAACUGUUCAUAUCACAGCAGUUUUGGUAGAAUAUAAGACAUCUACUGGACGAUUGAACAAAGGUGUAACAACCACUUGGUUGAAGCAAAAACAUCCGUCAGAUCCGCCAGCUCUUGUUCCAAUUUUCGUCCGUAAGUCACAAUUCAGGCUUCCAACUCGAUCAUCUACUCCAAUCAUAAUGAUUGGUCCUGGAACAGGAUUAGCACCAUUCCGUGGUUUUAUACAGGAACGGGAUCACGCCAGAAAAGAAGGCAAAGAGGUCGGGGACACGAUUCUGUACUUCGGAUGCCGCAGACGCGACGAGGAUUAUCUUUACCAGGAGGAAUUGGACGAGUACGUUAAGAGCGGUACUCUAAAAUUACACGCCGCUUUCAGCCGAGAGCAAGCACAAAAGGAGUACGUUACACAUUUGCUGGAGCGAAACAAGGAGGAAUUGUGGAAUGUCAUUGGUGAGAAUAAUGGCCAUAUCUACAUAUGCGGUGACGCACGUAACAUGGCUCGUGACGUACACAACAUUCUUAUCAAAGUUGUGAUGGAGAAAGGGAAGAUGACUGAAAUGGAAGCGACCGCUUAUAUCAAGAAGAUGGACACGCAAAAGCGUUACUCCAGCGACGUAUGGAGUUGAAUGGUCAUUAUUAUAUCGAUUAAUAUGAAGAAACAAAUAAUCCACAUGUCAAUGUAUAUUACUUUUCAAUUAACAGCAUCUCAUUCUCUUUCCCCUCUAUGCCAAACCAUUCGGAAUACAUCCUGGCUGCUACAGCCAUAUUUUUAUUAUUCUAUUCAUUCAUUGUCGACUCAUAAGUAAUAUAACUGUUUCAUCGCUAAGAAUACGCGAUCUCGAUCGAUUCGCAAUGCACAAUGUUUGAAUCGUCAAUCAUGAUGCUUCUCCAUAAAAUUUUACUGUUAAAUUUAAUAUAAUUGGCUCAUACAAAUGACCCCGCAAGAACAAAGACUAAUGUUUCAGAACAACAGCCUCACCUCUUCGCGAUUAAUGAAAAAGUAAGAUUGACACUGUGACAUGGUAAAUAUCGAUAUAUAGACCCUCAUAGUCAGAUUGACCACAUCAACAUUAAUCUUUAUAAUAUAUAUAUUAUUAAAGACAUCGAAGAAAAUUUAGUCCAAUUUAAUUUUUAUUGUAAUUUUGAAUACUAUAAAUUAAUUAAUCACACGUAUAUCAUAUUUUGUUCUGGAUUCUGGACCAAGGAUGCAGAGGAUAAAUGAUAGGUUUCAAAAAAUUUUUAGCAAUACUGUAAUAUAAAAUAUGGUUAGAAAUUUUUAAAGAAAAAGAUGUAUGUAGGUACGAAAUCAUAUUUGUAAAUUAAUAUUCGGGUGAUCGAAGUAUGCAUUAUUUAUCGUACGAAUCCAGUAGUUACAUCGUAUUCAUUCUAUUUUGACCAAUAAUGAUAAAUACCGGAAAAGUAUUUGCAGCAAUUGGUGGCAUUUUACGCAUGUUCAAAAAUUGAGUAACUAAAAACUCGGAUUAUUAUAGCAUGUAUUUUAUACCGUGCAAAGAUGGAUUACAUAAAAGCAAGAGAAUAAGAAUGUUGCAAAACUUUGUCA